CGGAUCAAAGUGGUAGAGAUCCUUCAAGUGUCUUGAAAAAAGCUCGGUUGGUCGAGGAUGGUGAAUUUCAGGAGUUUUGUGUUAAACUUCUCGGUAUCCUUCGAAGUCAAGACAGAGGAUCAGAAUGUACCAGUCAGCUGAGAAGACUCUUUCUGCUUACAGCAGCUACUAGACGAAAGAGGAGAGUCCUAACAGACCUGGUUGAAGAACUCAAAAAUGUGGUAUCUGAGCCACAGCAAGGAUCAAAGAAGAUCAAACUACUGUGUUCUGCAAUUCUAAGGGAAAUAGGACCUAUUGCACAACUAGUUAUAACUAAUGUGGAUCCUCCUGUUGACCAGCRCAGUAUUCCAAUACUAUUACCACUAGUAUUAAUACAGGGGAAAGAACUGGGUUAUUGGAACAACCAUUUGCCUCAGAUGAUAAGGUGGAUUAAAAGUGGAGGAAUCCAUGUUGACUUGCAAACAGUAUCAUUAGCUUGUCUAAACAAUGUGUUUUUCUCCUACAAAGAUUUGAUUUCCCAAGAUGAUAUUGGUUUGAUUUGCCAUCAAAUGGCUCACUGGCUUCGGCAUGCAAGCACAGUAUCGGCACCUAAUCCAUAUCAGAGACAGUUAUUUGGAGGCAGCAAAAAUAGAGGGUAUCAAGCAGUAUCAGAAAUUGAUGGCACAGCUUCCAGAUUCUUCUACACAAUCCUAAGCAUUGCUCACUACAGCUUCCCAGACCAAUUCCUCAACAUCUAUACUUUUUCCAUGCUAAGAUCUUGGCUACUAAACACAGGGGCUGUCCAAGCCGAACUGGAUCAAGGCCCUGUUUACACCCCACAGGAAGGAACACCUCCUCUCUCCUUUACAAUUGGUUCUUCAUCACGUUCACCUUCAGAAAAUAUUAGCCAAUCCCCUUCAAGGGAAAGCUUGUCAUUUCAAGAUGGUAUUUUAAAAAGAAGUCAGGAUAAUUUAGACAAUAUUUCAAUUAACUCCCAGUCUUCUAUUGGAAUGUUCAUUCCACCUAUUUCCCAGUCUCCUGUCAGCCAAAUGACAUCAUCACCAACAGAAAGUCUGGGAUCUCGAUCGCAGACUCCUCUAAAUUUUCCUCUGACAGCAGAAGAUCCAGAGGAGAGGCCCCAGAGCCAAGUGUCUUCAAGCAAAGGACAACGGAAAUUAUCUAGAAAUAUUAGCUUUGCUAAGCUUUUUACACAGCAGGGUCCAAAGACGGGUCAACAGGAACUGAGAGAAAAUGCUUGUGAAUACUGUUUACGUGUGCUGGAACAGAGUGAAAGAAGGCCAACUAAAUUGCAAGACAGCCAGAUAGUUGAAGCUGGUCUACUAGAAGCCAUUCUCACAUUGGAUCGUCUGUGUACCUAUGAAAAGUCUCUUAUUCCCAAAUUGAUUGAAAUUGUCAGGAGAAUCUAUAGUAGAGUGACUGCUGACAUGAACAGAUGGAACAGAGUGGUGCUUGCAGUCGUGCAGUUUCUGCUUAACCAUGGUGAAUCAGUUGUUUUUGAUCCUGAGCCUGCCUGUAAAGCAGUGUUCAGGACAAUGAUCAAUGCUUUCUACUUCAGGCCUUCUUUUGCUUUUGAGGUCGUCAUGUUCUGUCUCGACAACGUGGAAAAGCUCUGCUCUUCUACCAGCGUCUUCACCAAGUAUUUUCCUAAUUUAUUCAAGAUCUUAGCCUGGUCGCCAAGAACAUUCCUGAGAGAGUUUAUGCAGCUUCUCCCAGUCAUGAUGUCAGAGGAUACAGUUGUAGAGGUUUUCCACAGUAUUCUUGACUUGCCAUGUUUGUCAGCCUCCGUAUGUGCUUCAUGGGCGGCAAGAGGGAGAAUAUCGAAUAACAGUGAUUCUCAAGCCUCUAUUCCCGCAUCUGUGACUGCCUUCCUUGAUCCCAAACACAGACCGUUAUUUAGCUUCAUUUUGAGACCCGAAGCUGGUCAUGGAGACACUAUUAGCAGGCUCAAAGCAUUGCACAUCCUCCUUGAAGACAUGGCAGAUCAUCCACGUGUUGUUGUGUCAUCACAAGUUGCACCUCCUUUAUUAAACUUAUAUUUUUCGACGCUUUUGAACGAGGCCGAGAUGGAUACCGUUAGCAAGCUCAUUCCUGUGAUUCUUGAACGAUCUGUUUUGUUGUACGAUUCACAAACCUUUCAACCUGAUAUCAGAAGAAUCCUUGCCGAGAAGCUAGUCCUGAUAUUCCAGAGAUACCCAUGCCUUGUAGCUACACAUAAACAGGAUUUGGUAGAUUUCAUCACGGGAUUCAAGAAUCUUGGCCCUGAGAAAGAAGAGUUCUUCAUUAAUCUGGUGUGGUCGAUAGGAGAGUUUGCAUCCACGGCUUACGAAGGAGGUUGUACGGUACAGAUGAUUGUACAAUAUUUUGAGACUCUUGAAGCGUUGACAUAUGAAGUAGCAAUGCAGACAGCCCCAGGAAAGGUCGUGUUUUCUGGAAAAUUAGUAUCCGUUUUCAUGUCAGCGUUAGCCAAGCUUGCUUCUCGGUGUCAGGAUCUGACUCAAAGAGCUAUCCUCUGCUGCAGUAAAGUCGUUAGACAAAAACCAGAAUUGUUGUCAGAUCCCGAAUGUUACGAUGAUCUUGUAACGCGGGCACAGGAACUAAUCCAGCUUCUCAAGCUUCCCAACGUCGCUCCUGUUAUUCUCAACCCUGAUGCAGAAUGGAUUACUGGAAGGUGGCACAGAGACAAGAAUACUUCACUGCCUCUCUUACUACAAACCACUAAACUGGUCUUAUCGUGAUGAUAGUGUACUGAACAAGGUGAAACGUUUGAUGUCCUGGAUUUGUAUAAAUGCAUGCUUUAGAUAUAUGGAGGCUUUGCAUCAUCACGUGAUGGCAGCCAAGACAGGAGGCACAACAAUAGAGUCUUUUCCCAUUGGCAUACUGAAUUCUUUCUCAUUUGAAUCAGACGAGACCAGAUUCCAUUGUUCCUGCCUCUUGUCAUGGCUGCCAUCACGUGAUGAUGCUAAGCCUUUAUUACCAGCCUUUAUUUCUGAGGUACAGUACAUUUAAGUUCAAUACAUUUAAUCUGAUAUAUGAUGAUCAUUUCAAUAUCUCAGUGCUAAAACAAAUUCUCUCUCUGCUGUUUUUAUGUCUGUUUGUCUGUCUGUCUAACUGUCUGUCUGUCUGUCUCUCAGGAAGUAAAGAGACGAAAAUAUUUUUAUAAAUAGUUGAUAAAAAUUAGUACGUAAAACAAAUCGUAAAAAAUUACCAACUACGAGUUGAAUGUAAAAUUAUGAAUACGAAUAUAAAAUAGAUCUUUAAGUUUAUUAAAAUUUUAUGAAAUAAAAAUCCCAAC